GACACACGGCGACCGCCGCAGACAUGGUGUCCCCUGUCACCGUGGUGAAGAGUGAAGGCCCUAAACUGGUGCCCUUCUUCAAAGCCACUUGUGUCUAUUUUGUCCUCUGGCUGCCAACUUCCAGUCCUUCGUGGUUCAGUGCCCUCAUCAAAUGUCUGCCCAUCUUCUGCUUGUGGGUUUUCCUCCUGGCUCAUGGAAUCAACUUCUUAGUCGCACACCGGAGCGCCAGCCGCAUCCUGGCGGGACUCAUAUUCUCGGCAGUAGGAGAUGCCUUUCUCAUCUGGCAGGAGCAGGGCUACUUCAUUCACGGUCUGCUGAUGUUCGCCAUCACCCACAUCCUGUACUCCUCGGCCUUCGGCAUGAAGCCUUUGGACCUGAAAGCUGGCCUGCUCAUGGGCCUCGUUUCCAGCUCCUGUUAUGCCUUCCUGUACUCCUACCUCUCGGGCCCCUUCACCUACUUGGUGGCCGUCUACAUCGCCUUGAUUGGCUUCAUGGGCUGGCGGGCGGUGGCCGGCAUGCAGCUCUGCAACGACCUCUGGACGUGGACCAAGCUCUCGGCCUGCAUUGGCGCCAUGCUCUUCAUGGUGUCGGACCUGACCAUUGCAGUCAACAAGUUCUGCUUCCCCGUGCCCUACUCACGGGUCAUCAUCAUGGCCACUUACUAUGCAGCCCAAAUGCUUAUUGCACUGUCCGCUGUAGAGAGCAGAGAGGACGAGGACUUCAGAAAGAGGAACUAGGUGUAGUGCCAAUAGCUUGUGGACAAUAUGGGUUAUAUCUCAGGUGUUGUAGCUGCAUUCACCCCUGAGAGAGAUCUCCAUUUCUCUAGGCACGUUGGUGAUGUUGAUUUUGCUUCUUUGAAGCGUUACCUUUGGGGCUUUUUUUUCUGUGGCUUUCUCUGAGUACUGCUUACUUCAGUGUGGAGCCCACAGCGAGAAGCUUAGACUGUCCCUGCAGUAGCUGCUCGUUGAACUGUUCCUCUCUGGAAGUGCUGUACGACUGCACUGCGUUUGUUAGUCCUGAAACUGAGGCUGAGCAUCUGGGAAGAGGGAGGCUGCUGGAGAGGAGGUUCGGCAGUGCGCUGUGCUAGGAGACUUGCCUUCGUAGGGGGCACACGGGCCCACAUCUCUGUUAAAUAGGUAAAAAUUAAUUUAAUUGGUAUUCCAGCUGGUCUCUCCUUUAGUGCGUUGCGAGCUCRGCAAGCAAAGUGGAGCUACCAGAGCCUCUGCUGAGAAGCAGCUCAGAAGCAGAGCACAAGGAGCACUGGCAGUUGCAGGCUGAGCUUUGGAGGCAAGAACAGCGCGCGGGCCAGGCCGGGCAGAGCCAGGUGACAGCGGGACAGCGGCAGGGAGCAGGCGCAAGGGGCGCCCUGCGAGGCGGUGCUGGCCGCUUCCGUUGCACCCUCCCGGCUCCGGAGCGCCUCUGUGGAUGGGUCUCUGUGCUAAUGUGGCAGCAGGAGCAAUUUCAGGGAAAUCCACGUAGCCAGGCCAGUGUGUCCUCCCUGUGCCACAUGUACAUGGUUAUACGGUGCYAGCAGCCACCAGUGACAGCCGAGGUGUGCCAGGAAUGCAAAGAACUGUGAAGGCKGCAGAAGGGCUUUGAGGAGCUAUCGUACAAAUACACCUCCUCUCUGGCUCCUUCACGUGGCAGAUGGGAUCUAUCCUUUAUGCCUUUCUUCCUCAGSAUUUUCACAAAUAAUACUCUACUUACCCCUCAAGCUCUUGCAGCGCUGCUGCUCGCAGUACUGCUCCCAGAUCUCCCCACAAGCGUUUCCCCUGUCUGAGGGCAGCUAAUCAAGGCCCUCAUUUUGGCUGUAGGCAGUUGCUGCCUUUCACCGACCAGUAGUCCGUGAUCCGCAUGGCAGCCCUUGCUCUUGGAGCCUCCUGGUGCUCCAAGCGCCUGCCACUUCYUUUGGCACCAGGAACGUGCAAGCCCGGGGGCGGGAAAGCCAGUUUAAUUCACAGCCCCCUUCUCCGCUCUGUUUGUCCGCAUGCUGACCCAACUUAAGUUGGAUUACUUCCAACUUAAAACUUUCUUAAAAAGAUAUAGAAAGGAGCAGCCCUAUUAACUAAAGCAAGUKCAUUUGGGAUCAUAUUUUUCCUCUUCCCUAAGAUACCUUACAGUGAGCUCUCUUUCUGCUUGAAACUUUCUUGAAUGCGUUGUUCCUUUCAGCCCACGCUCCUGGGACCAUUCCUGGGGCCCGAGGUGCUCCCUGCGGGCUCGUUUCAAGGUGCAACUAGUGCCCUGAGCAGGGUGAAGGAGGCUCCCUGGGGCUGGCACCUCCUCCAGCCCAAACAAGCAGGCGCAUGGCUCCAACAAGCCCUUCAGUACRCCCACCUGGGCAGGGCAAAUUGAGUGUCCAGAGUGUCCUCGCAGGUUGGAUGUCACUGUUGUCUCCAGGCCUGGYGUGCUUGGCGCAUUCCCACUGAACGCCU